AUUGUUCAUUUUGUGAUACUUGCUGUGAUGACCAUUAGUGAAGAUUUUUUAAAAUCAAAAUUAACAGACACUCUUGAUGCUUCAUACGUGAACAAUCAUAUCUCGUGAAAACUGGUGUCUCAUUUUGAUCUAUGCAUUUAUAUUAUUAUACAAUGACUUACAAAUACUUAAUACCUUUAUACUUGAAUAAAGUACUCAAUGAAAAACUUGUCUUUAUGAUUGCUGUAUUAUUUCGUUGGUUUGUCAGCUUACAUGAUUAUUCUGGAAAAUCAAAACCUCCGAUGUUUGGUGAUUAUGAAGCCCAACGACAUUGGAUGGAAGUAACAAUUUCUCUACCAACCACUCAUUGGUAUUUUAAUUCAUCCAACAAUGAUUUAUUAUAUUGGGGUCUAGAUUACCCACCUUUAACAGCCUAUCAUAGUUAUAUCAAUGGUUUAAUAUUUAAUAAUGUUCUCCCAGAAUCUGUGCAGCUUCAUACAUCUAGAGGAUUUGAGUCUAAAUUUCAUCAACUACUCAUGAGAUAUUCAGUACUUAUUGUCGACUUAUUGAUAUUUUUUCCAGCUGUUUUUUGGUUUUUUAGACAGUUUUUUAAAAUUAAAAAUAAUAAUCAAAUUAGUCAAACAAUGGCUAUUGGAAUCAUGUUAUUGUACCCAGGAUUAAUAUUAAUAGAUCAUGGACAUUUCCAGUAUAAUUGUGUUUCUUUGGGUUUAUUUGUAGCAAGUGUUGCUAAUAUAUUUGCUAACAAAACUAUAUUAACUUGUAUUUUGUUCAGCAUGGCUUUAAAUUAUAAACAAAUGGAAUUAUAUCAUGCAUUGCCUUUUUUUUUUUAUUAUAUUGGAUCGGUUUAUGAAACAUAUAUAAAAUAUUCAUUUUUUGCUGCUCUAAGAAAACUAAUUAUUCUUGUGCUUAGCGUAUUACUAACAUUUUUAAUAUUAUGGGCUCCAUACAUUAGUGACUCAAAACAAAUAUUCCAAGUUGUACACAGGAUUUUUCCUUUAGAGCGAGGUGUUUUUGAAGAUAAAGUUUCCAAUAUAUGGUGUCAAAUUAAUAUAAUUUAUAAGUUGAGAAAUAUAAAUAAUCAAACCAUGGCUACUAUAUGUCUAUUAACAACAUUAAUUUCUGUGUUACCUUCAUGCUUGGAUCUGUUUAAAAAUCCUUCUAAAAUAAAGUUUUUACUUUCAUUAAUUAACUGUUCAUUGUCAUUUUUUCUAUUUUCUUUCCAAGUUCAUGAAAAAAGUAUACUUUUGGUGGCUAUACCAGUUUUAAUGUAUUCUCCUCAAAGUCCAUUUAUAUGUACUUGGUUUGUGUUUAUUACAACAUUUAGCAUGCUUCCAUUAUUGAUAAAAGAUAAUUUAUUAAUACCAUUCAUUUCAAUGUCAUUAAUUUAUUUUAUAGUAUACAGUAAUAUAGAAAAGGUAUUUUCAAAACAAAAAGAAACAUUCAAAUUAAAUUUAUUACGUAAUCUAUCAUUGUUUGGAUGUGUUAUACUAACUAUAUGUUCUAUAGUAUUGAAACCUCCCCAAAAAUAUCCAUAUUUAUGGCCUCUUAUCAUAUCUUCUUAUAGUUGUGUACAUUUUAUUGCAUUUUUGAUUUAUUUUAAUUUUGAACAGUUAAUGUUACAAAUUCCCAAAAAAAAAUUGUAUUAA